AUGCUAUUUGGUAGGAAGGCAGAGGAGACCAUGGAACCAAUUGACGCAGACCAAGGUGUCGUAGAGGACAAGAUGGACUAUCCUGAGGCAGAUUCACGAUUCAAGCAGACUGCACUGAAAUAUUUCACCAGACUCAAGGAGCACAACACACGCAUCUUCACAUUCAUUGGAGACAGGCUAAGCAGCCUCAUUUCGAACAUUAAGAGCAGAUUUGAGACCAAGAAUGAGACAAUCGUCACCAUUUGA